AUGGCAUCAGAGACGCUUGGCACUUGGCGGCAUGUGUCCCCCGCCAGGCGAAACUUGCUUCCAGACCGCCGCCUGGCGGGGGACACAUGCCGCCAACUGCCAAGCGUCUUUGAUGCCAUUGUCUGCAAGUGUCACCUGGCGGGACAACCCUCACUGCCAGGUGCCACGCGCUUUCAGAGCCAUUGCAAUAGCGAGUUUCGCCUGACGGCUCUAGAGUCGUGUCAGGCGAUAACACAGUGGCAGAACAUUGAUGACUUGUUGGUUACUGGAAGUAGUGAAGCAUUGCUUCAUGAGUUCAAGGAGCACAUGUUGAAUGAGCUUGAGAUGAAUGACAUAGGCAAGCUGAUUUACUUUUUUGGCAUAAAGUUUACUGAAACUAAGGAAGCAAAGGUGGGUCUAAGAUUGGAGACAGAUCUAGAGGAAGAAGUAGUUGAUGCUACAACCUAUCGUAGUAUGGUAGGAAGUUUGAGGUAUUUGUGUAACACACAACCAGAUGUUAGUUAUAGUGUUUGCAUUGUUAGUAGGUAUAUGCAGAAUCCAAGAGUUUCCCAUAUGAAUGUUGCAAAAGCAUUCUUAGAUUCACCAAUCUCAUGGAGCUCAAUAGAAGAAUUAGUUGUUGCUCUGAGUUCCUAUGAAGUUGAGUAUGUAGCAGCGUAUGAAGCAACCUGGAAGAUACAACUUCUUGUUGACAACAAGUCUACGAUUGACCUUGCUAAACAUCUUGUUUCUCAUGGGAGGAAUAAGCACAUUGAGACAAAGUUUCACUACAUUCGUGCCCAACUAAAUAACGAAAAGUUGGAGAUUGUCACUACAAUUAGAACUGUAGCUUAG